AUACAUUAAAUAAAGUAAAAUCUUGUAUUAUGAUGAUACGAGGAAAGCUUUCGCUGAAUAGAUCCAGAGGAGGUGUAGUUGGGUGAGAAACUGGAUUUUGGUUGAUGACUGUCGUACGUGUGGUUACUGGUUAUGUUUUUACUUAGGGUUGACGAGAAUCGGUAAAGCACCAUAUUUAUUGCUACCACCCAGUUCAACGUUUUUCUGUAGAAUGAAAUUUAGCUGACAAAUCCAAGUGCGUUGGAAAUAAAAAUGAUCAAUGUACAAGGUAUUCGACGUAAUGUGAAAAACGUUGUCCGGAAUUACUCCGAUGCUGAAGUGAAGGUAAGGGAAGCUACGUCUAACGAUCCAUGGGGACCCUCGAGCACCUUGAUGAGUGAAAUAGCAGACUUGACCUACAAUGUGGUGGCUUUUUCAGAAAUCAUGAAGAUGAUUUGGAAACGUCUCAAUGACCACGGAAAGAAUUGGAGACACGUGUAUAAAGCCUUAGUUCUACUGGAGUACCUAAUCAAAACAGGCUCAGAAAAGGUUGCCCAACAGUGUAGAGAGAACAUCUUUGCUAUUCAAACUCUUAAAGAUUUUCAAUAUAUGGAAGAAAAUAAAGACCAAGGAAUGAAUGUCAGGGAAAAAUCCAAACAUUUAGUGGCAUUAUUAAAGGACAAUGAAAGGUUGAGUAACGAACGUGGUAGAGCUCUGAAAGCCAGGGAAAGAUUUGUUGGUGUCGAUAGGGUAAGUUGGUAGAGCUCUGAAAGCCAGGGAAAGAUUUGUUGGUGUCGAUAGGGUAAGUUGGUAGAGCUCUGAAAGCCAGGGAAAGAUUUGUUGGUGUCGAUAGGGUAAGUGAAGG